AGUUAAGCCCAAAAAAGCGCGGCAAGCCAGCUGUUUUGCAAGCUGACACAACGUUACACACUCCGUUGCACAAGCCAGUGUACUAGCGCUGCAGCGCUGCAGUUGUGCAGGCCGCGAGACGACCCACACGCCGUCAGCCACGUCACGUGGAAAUCCUAUUACCAAGACUGCCAUAAGACGCCCGCGCGAGCCCGGUACGUCCAGGAUGGCGCCCGCGAAGCUGCUAUUGUUAGCGCUCGCGCAGCAAGCCACGACCUUCCAAGCCGUCCCGCCGCUGAAAGCACCGCAGCGCCGCCAAGUCCAGGUCGAGAUCCUGCCCGCCGGCGUCGUCGGUUUAGCAUUAGGCGUCAGCGCCGCGUUCGGCGUGCGACGGACGAAGAAAGUACUCAAACGGAGAAAAGCAAAACAAGAAGAAGAGUUAAGGCAAGCAGUCGCAGAAGCAAAAGCCGAGGCGAAGCGCGAGGCGGACCAGCGCGUCGAGGAGGCGCGACGCGAAGCCCAGGCCGAGGCCCUGGCAUUACAACGAGCGGAGAUCGUGCAGGCCCAGGCCGACGCCGCCGCGCAACGAAGGCAGGUCGUCGAGGAGGUCCAGGCGUCUUAUAGCGAAGAACUUAGCACCAUAAGAAAGGCCUUACAGACGGCGACGUCGGAGAGGGAGGCGAACCGCAUCAAGGCCGUCGAAGCGACGGAGGCCGCGACUCAACUAGAGUUAGAUGUACGGUCACUCGCGGAACGGUUUGAAAGCGAAGUGACGACGCUCGAAGCGCGCGUCGCGGAGGCCGAGGCCGAGCGCGACAAGGCCACGGAAGAAGCCGAGAAGUUCGAACGAGCGUCCGAGGCGUUACAAGAUGAGAUUUUCAACUUGGAUGUGGAGUUCGAGCAAAGUUCGCAGGCCAUGAACGAGCAGUUCCAGUCGGAUUUAGAAAGGAAGCUGGACCAGGUGAAACAAGCCGAGAAGGAGAAAGGUGCUGUUGCUAAGAGAUUAGCGGUGGACAAUACGCGUCGCGAAUUAACCGCGGAAUAUGAAGCAAAUAUGAGACAACGGUCCGAUGAAUUUGAAGCGGCACGCGCGAAGCUGGAGGGGGACUUCCGGGAGCUCGCCGAGGCGUCGUCCGAGGCGCGGAGCCAGCUCACCUACGAACGAAGUCGGGCGGACUCGCUGACGUCGAAACUCACGGCGACGCAGCAGCGCGCCGAAUCGUCAGAACAGCGCUCGUUGCGGCUGGAGCAGCUCGCUAGGGCUGCCGAGCAGCGCAUCACGGCGCAGCGCGACCUGGCGCAGAAAGCCAGAGCUUUGGCCGCGGAGGAGCGCGACCAGUGGCGCGGGCCGGCGUCCGGCGCGGCCGGCGCUGAUGCGAAGCGCGCGCGGGAGCUCGCUGCUUUAGCUGAAGCAGCCGAGAAGGCGACGGCGGCGCUGCCCGACGUCCAGGCGUGGCGCACCGACGCCGACGUUGUGGAGAGGGACGGCGAGUUUUUCGUCGAGGACACGUUUAGAAAAUUCGAUAAGGACGGCGACGGCGUCAUCACGCCCGAGGAGUUCGCCUCGGGCCUCGCCGAGCUCGCGGAAUCACCCGCCACGCCCGCCGUCGAGGGUGAAAUUUUCGACGAGCUCGACGCGGCGUCGUCCGAGAGGGAUACGACGCGACGGAUAGCCGACGACGGCGCCGACGCCGUCAAGCGCACCGAAGCCGCCGCUGCUCAAUUAGAAAAACGGCUCGAGGAGGCCGCUGCGCUCAGCGAGAGACUUGCCGCGGCCGAGGAUGCCAACGGGGAGGCGCCUUCAGGGGCGUCAGCACCGGCGGUCGAAACCGGCGGCGAGGCCGUCGCUCCUGCCGCACCACAUGCGGACGAAUUGGAGGACCUGUUCGCAUGAUGAUAAAACCUAUUUGUUUGAGAA